CAAUUACAGACAAUUAUCUUAAUCAAUUUACCCUGUAAUUUUGACACUAUUUUUGACCCUUCCGGUUGCGCUGUAUCUGACAAACUCUGCAUAGGUGUACUUUUGAGUCCGUGGAUACGGAGUGGAGAGCCUCCAAAUUAGUCUACUGAGUCAAUUCGAGAUCCCCAGCAUCGCACGACAGUCCAUCACCCUUCGUCGAUAAGAGAGGCAGGAGCUUUCAAUAUAAAGGCACCAAUGAUUGUGGGCAGUCAUGCCUCAGCUCGACUACGGAGCGUUCACAGGCUCAGCAGUUCAUGCCAGCUUGUAUCGUGUAUCCGGGAUCACCUUAGUAUGAGAGCGCCAUGGAGUAGCAAGUCCAAUGAAAAGAGAAGGACCGAGGACAGACAAGAUAUUGUCGUGUCCGUUCUGCAGGCUUCAGCAACGAGACGUGAGGCUCAGGGGUAUCUCAAGAAAUAUGCCCCUCAAGCGCCGCAGAAAGAGACGCGCUCGGCUGGGAAGAACUCGUCCUCCCUGCCACCAUUCGGCCCAUAUCCGUUACGAUCCAUACUGACCACCCCCACCAACGACAUUAUCCAACAAAGAGCCCAACCCCAUCCCGUCCGUACUCUAGAAGAACCUCCCAAUGUGGCUUUGGUUAAACUACGUCAGCUUGACGCCUUGGAUGACGAGGCUCUAACUGGAAUUGCGAAGACCCUAUCAUAUCUACGCAAAUUGGGCCUCCUCAGUAUCAUUGUUCUUCAUCAAGAAUUGGCCGCAUCCAGGGAUACGUACAGGCAUCAAACCCACAGAAUUCAAAUAGCCAUCGACCGUUUCGGGCCACCGGGUGCGAGGGUGCUCGACCAGAUCUUCAUGGGCAAUCCGGCACGUUGCUCGAACUUCAUGCCUUCGAGUCUUGUAGUCCGGUUCCCACAUACGCUGAUUCGUGCACUCGACGACGAUGCUCUGGUCAUCAUUCCUCCUAUCGCCCUGACCCACGAUAUGAGUACAGCGGGUAUUGUGGAUCCGGAUAAUGUCAUCGUGGCUCUCGUCAAAUAUCUGUCGGGCUUGCAAUUUGAAGACGCCGAUGACGGUGUGUCCCACCCCAACGUUUCGAUGUCACUGCCGCCUAGAAUUGCAUCCGUUGAGCGAAUAAUCAUUCUUGACCCGCUUGGGGGCAUCCCUUUGGUACAUUCCGAGUCUUCUCACCGGUUUAUAAACUUGGAACAAGAAUUCAAGCACAUAAUGGAAGAGCUCCGACAUGAGGGUGCGGAGGAAGGGCGCGAGGCACACCUGAUUGACGAGUCACGUCGUGUACACAUCCGGAAUCUGCAGCUGUCCCAAAACGUGCUCGCAAUACUCCCGGAAACGUCCGCGACAAUUAUCACGACGCCAUCGACCGCUGCACUGAAAGCUAUUGAACGAGUCCCUGCUGUCGCGACCCGCAACCGACUAAACCCUCUAAUACACAACCUCCUCACGGACAAGCCGGUUCUUUCACCGUCCCUACCACUGGAGCGUGUGCGGACUGAUCAGGCAGGCAAGGUGCCCUACGAGAAAACGCAUCUUACCACCGUCGUUAAACGCGGAAUGCCACUCACAAUUUAUCCUGACCCUACCAACGGGCCAUGGGUGCCCCCACGACCAGGAGAGGCCCGAAUGAAACUUACAGAUACAUGUAUAGACUUGGGGCGACUGCAAUUUCUCAUUGAAAACUCAUUCGGUCGGAAACUCGAACUCCAACAUUACCUCGACAGAGUCAACAAUACUCUAGCCGGAGUCAUAAUCGCAGGAGAGUACGAAGGGGUUGCGAUCCUGACGUGGGAGAAGCCAUCUUGCCUCGAACCCGAGGCAGCGUACCAGAGUGGGCGACUGGUGCCAUACCUCGAUAAAUUUGCGGUUCUUCAGAAUCGCCAGGGCAGUGGAGGAGUGGCAGACGUUGUCUUCAACGCGAUGGUCAGGAGCUGUUUUCCCGACGGCGUAUGCUGGAGAAGCAGGAAGGACAAUCCGGUCAAUAAAUGGUACUUUGAAAGGUCAAUGGGCACGUAUAAGCUGGGCGGAACAAAUUGGCAAAUAUUCUGGACGACUCCUCAUGUGCUGCUGGACAGCCUCACGCUACGAGACUAUGAGGACGUUUGUCGACACGCUGAACCCUCCUGGGUAGAUAACGGAACCCUAACUAGUUCUAUAAGCCAGUGCCCAGACCGUACAGGAGUAAUAGAGAAGUGCUUUUAAUGCGC